UAGUGUUAGUGUUAGUGUUAGUGUUAGUGUUAGUGUUAGUGUUAGUGUUAGUGUUAGUGUUUUGUUGGGUUUUCGCCCUGUCCUAGUAUUUCACAAUAUAGUUACGCCUGUGUUGGGUAUACUAUUUUGUUCCUGUGAAUUUUUGGACGUUAAAGCGUGUUUUUUCCCGCAUCCUUUGCUCUCUGCGCCUGACUCCACACCCAUUCACUCAUUGAGCGUUACAGUCCAAAUGACCUCAAUCGGUGACUUGAGGGAUAAGAAAACAUUGAAACCGUGUUUAAGCAAAUACAUUGUAUACUAUAGCAGAAGUAUUUCAUAGAGUUGGCCAGCAGGUCUGGGAUCGAUCAGAGAUGUAUUUUCAUAGUCUCUCUUUCUUUGUCCCUGUUUGUCUUAGAUUGUAUAAAACACUGUCGUGGUCACAAGGAUUGUGCUCCAUCUCUCCUUAAAAUAUUCUAUGUUUGAUUUGGGACAAAAUAAAGGUUGAGAUUGAUUUAACCUUCUUGCGUAAUACUCCUCAAAUUAAAGUGUUAUACUGUAUUUCAAUAUGUACAAUGUAUUAUUAUCUGUAGGCUUUAGUAGACAACAGAAAGGCUUGACUCUAAAUCCAGAACACCUGAAAUACAUAUAUUUAUUACAAGAGGUGUAGGGUCUUUUCAGAAUAGGCCAACAGUAAUGUUUCGAUUCACUGGCAGACCCAGUUUAUGUGGACUCCUGUUUAUCUGUAUCCAUCUCAACAAGAUCAUGAUCAAAGAACAAUGCAGGUAAGACCACAGCCAUUAUAUUGGUUUAGAUGUUAGCAGCAGACAUACUCUUCAUAAAAACCACAGAGGAAGUAGUGGUAGCGGAAGUAGCCCACAGAUAAAAACAGUCAAACAGUGCUUUACGUUGCAUUAGACAAGACAAAGAUGAGUAUAGUUCAGUGUGUAUUAUCAGUGAACUAAAGACCAAGGCUCAAAUGAAGACAAUGGAUGCAUAUAAGUCUAAUGAAGGAGGGAAAGGCUUGGUUGGGAUCCUCCUCCUGCUGUUUGCAAAACAACUUCAAGGGCAACAUCCCAUCUGUGAUGACUAUAUUAGAGUGUCUCGGAACACUGUGGUUCAAGCUUUUGUCAUGGAGAAACUGACGAUUAACUGUACUGUAGGAUUCUGCACUGAUCUACCACAAGUCUCUUGGUUUAAACUGAACAAAGGCAUCUUCAAUCCUGUGACCAAAACUCCUCACAUCCAAGCCCAGUGGAAUUACUUAACAAGUAACUCAGGAAUUUCAUUCCUGCAUUUUACUAAUCCCUCCUUAGAUGAUGCUGGACUGUACAGGUGUUCAGUUAAUGCAGAUCAAUCAAUGAUCAUUAGCUAUUCCAUCACUGUCAUAGUAAAUGAUUGUCAAGCAGAGUUUUCUGUGUCUGAUGGCUGUUGGUGGAGGGCUCCCAUCUCUGCCUCUGUCACUGUGUCUUGUGGGGUGAGAUUCAGGUUUGCGCUCAUAGUGUCAUGGUGCAGGGAAGAUUGGGACACCUGUUUACCCCUAAAGGGUCCGUCCAGACACACCCUCACCUGGAAUCAUACAGGUCCAGGGACAGGUGUGUCCUACCUGACCCUCCACAACAUCACCCUGUCUGACUCAGGAUACUACCGUUGUUUCGUCUGUCUUCCUGACUACUGUGAUGUAGACACCAGAUCCAGCCAACCGAUGGGCCUUCACGUGACCAGAAGUGGUGAAGUGAUGGAACACUGUGGAGAAGAUGAACAUCCUGUCUGUGACAUGCUCAGUGUCAUCGUGGACAUCACUCGCAUCAUCCUGUUUGUGGUUGCCACCUUGGUUGUCAUGACACUGACCCUGUGUUGGGUUCUGAAAGCCAGAGGAAAAUGGAGUCCUCCAGUGUGGAAUGCAUUGGAGCUUCCAGAGUGGAGCCUGAGCAAAACAUACCACCUGACACUGAGAUGGGUGCAGAGGAAGACCUUGAUGAGGUUUAUGAUGACUGUGUGUGAUUCUGUGUAGAUAUACUCUAUUGCAUUGGGUUUAUGUUAUAGCAGACCAUUUUGGUCUUUUUGGUUGUUUUCAGUGGGUUUUGCUGGCAUGUCUGUUGCUAAUAAAUUACCAGUCAUUUUCAUGGCAUAUUAUGUAGUUGGUUUUUGAAUGGCUUGCUUAAAAUGCUCUUAAAACAGUAUAGUGUAAGAGAUGACUGUACAGGUUAUAGAUAUGUAGGCUUAGACGAGCUCAAUGUCUUGUUUGGACUUUUAAUGUAUUUUCUUUUACAAAUAAAAA